AUGGAGGGCUGGCCAGCUGUGGCCUGGGUCCUGCUGGUGAUCAACAUCGCUCAUCGGCUGAAAACCGUCCAGUCACGGGACUUCACCAUGAAGGACAUCGUCCUGCUGCAUCCCUCGACUACACCUCAUCCCGGUGGCUUCAAGUGCUUCACGUGUCGAGACGCUGCAGAUAACUACGAGUGCAACCGCUGGGCGCCGGACGUGUACUGUCCCAAAGAGACCAAAUACUGUUCCACACUCCACAUGAUGGACCACAAUGGACACAGUGUGUCUGUGACCAAGCACUGUGCCAACCUGGAGGACUGUCUCUAUACUGGCUGUACUGAUGUCAUCGUUAAUAGCUACCAGGUGUGCUCGUCCUGCUGCGAGGGGAACAUCUGUAACGUGCUGGUGCCGAGGAACGAGAGCGACGCCGUCUUCUCCACGUCUGUGGUCAGCUCGAGCUGGAGGCUUCGACCUCCUGCGGCGCUGAGCUACUUCACCAUCAUCAUCCUCACAGCUGGACAGGGCUGA